AUGGUUUAUAAAAAUUUUGAUGAUGAAGUAGGAAAAAGGAAGAUAUUCCUAAAUAAUAGUAACUGCGAGGAUUAUUCAAUAAAUAAAGGAAUAAAAAUUAAAAUGGAUGACUGGAGAUAUGAAAAUAAAUAUAAUAAUAUGCAUAAUGAUAAGUAUAAGCAGGAUGAAGAUGUUUUAAAUAAAUAUAGUUACCAAAUAGAUAAUGUUAAAAAAAAGGAUGAAAGGGAAUAUGGAAAUUAUAAAAUGAAUGAAUAUGAUAGGAGAGGUACGAAUUUAUAUGGUGUGACAAAAGAUUAUAAUGAUAAUAUGGGAAUUUAUAGAGAAAGGUAUGAGACUAAAAUAAAUGAACCAUAUAUGAAGCCAACAGAUGAAUAUAUUGAGGGUUCAAAAAGAAGAAUAUCUCAAAGGGAUAUUAAGGAAUUAUUAAAUAAAUAUAAUAAGAAAGAUGAGUAUUACCAUGAGAAUAAAUAUAUUAAAAAUGAUAAACGACAUACUUAUCAUAAUUUCAAUAGGAAGUAUGAUUCCUUAAAUCAGACGAAUAAUAGUAUGUUCGAUUCUGAAAAUAAAAGAAGAAAUAAUUAUUCACAUGAUGAUUUAACAUGUGAUAAAAUAAGGUAUCACUCAAAAAAUAGUCAUCAUUAUAAUUUAGAUAAAAGUGAAAAUAGUGUUAACAUGAAUUAUAUUAAUAAUAAAGAUAUUAACAAUUUAAAAAUUUUUAACCGUGAAGAAACAGAUAAGGGGAGAUACAAUAGAAUAAAUGAAAAUGUGGAAUAUUGUAAAAAAAUGUUUAAUAAUAUAAAUUUACAUAAUGAUGUAUCGUCCACAUUUGAUAGUGAUGAAUAUGAAAAAUAUAAUAUUAGGAAUCAUGAAAGGAAAUUAUCACCCAAAAAAAAAAAUCAAUAUAUUAAUUAUCAUAAUAAUGAUAAUAAUAUAUUUGAGAAUUCUAUUUCCCCCUUAAAAAGAUAUAGGAGUUUGAAUAAAUCAAUGGGAUAUAAAAACAGUUUCAAUGAUAAUUUGAAUACGCCAUGUUAUAAUAAAGAGUAUGAAAAUAAUAAAAGAAAAACUGAGUUGAAAGAUUUUGAACAUAAUAAACUUAAUGAUAGUUAUGAAAGGGAUAAAAAGAAAUCUUUAUAUGACACCUUUUUUAAUAUUACAGAAAAGUUAGAGAGUAUUCAAAAAGGGAAAGAACAGAAUGCUAGUUUACGAAAAAAUCAGGAUAAAGAAAUUUUUCAGGAAGAGGAAAAAAACGAAUAUUAUAGUAAUGAAAACAAUAAUAAUACAAUUAAAAAGAAAUGUGACUUAUUAUACCAUAAAAAUUACCAUAAGAAUGAUAUAUUACAUGAUAUGACAAAUUAUGAAAAUAUGCACAAUAGUUAUAUAUAUAAUAAUAGGGAUAGUUUUAGAAAUAAGGAGGAUAAAGAACAAAAUGAUAAUAAUUAUCAAGAGGAGGCACCUUUUGAUUUUUUUAUAAAAAAAUAUCCUUCGAUGUCAAAAAAAAAUAAUAUAAAAAGAAAUGAUAUUAAUGUGGAAAAUAUAUAUAAAGGUGUAAACUGUUUUGAUGAUAUUUUAAAAUAUAAUUCUGAGGAUUCUAUAACGUGUGAAGACGAUAAACAUAUAUUGAAAAAUUUAAAUAAUAAUAUAAAUAAUAAUAUAAAUAAAAAUAUAAAUAGUAAUAUAAAUAAAAAUAUAAAUAAUAAUAUAAAUAGUAAUAUAAAUAAUAAUAUAAAUAGUAAUAUAAAUAAUAAUAUAAAUAAUAAUAUAAAUAAUAAUAUAAAUAAGAAAGAUAAGAAUGAAAAUUACCAAGAAAAAAUUCAGGAAAAUUUACCUAUGGACGAAGAAUUCACGAAUAUAAAAAAACCAAAUGCAAAUUUAGAUGACACAAGUUUAUCAUCUAAUAAUUUAAAAAGUACACAACUACAUAUGAGCGCAAUAUCACAUGGAUCAAAUGAUUAUUCCACUUUAUAUGAUUACACAAAUUAUUCAAAACAUCCAACAAAAGAAUCUUAUAGUGAUGAAAAUUUAUAUAAUGUAUCGAAAUAUGAACAAUAUAUAUUAGACAAAAAAUUAAACAAAAGUUCUAUGGAGGAAAAAAAGAAAAAGCAAUAUGAAUAUAAUUUUUUUCAAAGUAUGCCAACAAGAAAUUGCAGGAAUGAAAUAUCAUAUAAUAAUAAUAAUAAUAAUAUGAAUGAUUAUUAUAAAAUUAAUAAAACAUAUAAUAUAUAUGAUAUGGAUAAUAUGAAUGAAUAUCAUAAUUUUUAUAAAGAGAAGCAUUUACGUAAUGAAAAGGAAUUAGUAGAUUUAUCUAAAUUGAAAUAUGAUAUAGAUAGGGAUAUAUUUUUACAACAACAUAAUGAGAUAUUACAAAGUAAUAUUUUUAAAAAUAUAGAUAUGGAUGAAAAGAUCAACAGUUAUAAUAAUAAUAAUAAUAAUAAUAUGAAGUUAUCUUCUUCCCUUUUUGGUAAAAUUAAUAAAUCAAAUGAUAACUAUAUAAUGAAUGAUACCAAUCUUUUUAGUGAUAACCAAACAUAUUUUACAAAUAAUAAUGCAUACCUUAAUAAUUAUUAUUAUAAGAAUAAUAAUCAUAAUGGUGAUGAUAAAAAUUUACAUAUGAUAAAUAAACUCAAGUACUCUGAUCAAGAACAUUUGAUUAAUGAAGUUAACCCUAAAUAUUUUACUUCAAAUAUAAAUAAAAUCAACGAUUACAAUUAUAAUGGUAAGAGCAAUAACAAAAAUAAUAUUAAUCAAUAUGAGAAUGAGAAUGAUAAUAUAUAUAAUAAAAAAUAUAAUUCUGUGCCUUACGAAGAAGAUGAAAAAUAUACAAGUAAUAUUACAAAUAUGGUGGAAAAUGAUAGUGAUUAUAUUAUUAAAAAUAUAGGUAAAAAGUAUAUAUUAAAUGAAGAUAGUGAUCAAUUAAAUAAAUUAUUAGAACUAAGAAAAAACAACAAAAAAAAAAAAAAGAGAAUUCAAAAUAAUCAAAAAUAUUCAUAUCAAGAUCAUUUUUAUUUUGACGACGAAGUAAAUGAUAAAUAUAUAUCUAAAACAAUAAAUGAAAAUGACAUGAAUACUAGCUAUAAUAGUUUUAAUUCUACAUAUAAUAAAAGGAAUAAUAUGUCUGAUAAUUGUAAUGAUAACAUUUUUAAUUAUUUAAAAAAAAAUCGUUCAUACACUAGACCAAUGAAUAUUGAUGAUUUUAAUAUGGAUGAUGAAGACCAAACAGAACAAGAUAAAUAUAAUGAUGAUGAUUAUGAUGAUGAUAAUAUAAAAAAAAAAUUUAAAUCCAAAAAAAAUGCAGACUUAACAUAUAAUGAAAUAUUUUUUCUAAUAUUUAUAUAUUUUAUAAAAAUUAUUUGUAUGUUUGGAAAAUAUGUAAUACAAGUUAUAUUAUUCAUUUCUUUUUUUAUAUACAUUUAUUUUAAAAAAAAACCUUAUAAGACUAUUUGUACUACAGUAUUGGUGUCUUUUCCAUUCCUAUUGUUUUGUUUAUCGUUCAUCAUAUUAUCAUAUAGAAGUUUUAAUACAGAGUAUUUUGAUAAGGACAUAUAA